AUGUGUGAAGCAAUGAGUAGUUCCAUGGUGGUUGAUGUAAAUUGUAAUAGUUGGACUACUCAGGAGGUGGUAGCCUGGUGUAUGUCUUCAUUAGGCAUUCCCCAAGAUAGUACGCUAUGUAAUAAUUUACAUCAACAUAAUAUAACGGGAGAUUUAUUGGAGGAGUUGACUUUAGAGGAUUGUAAGGAAUUAUGUGGUAAUGAUCGUGGGUUAGCAUUAAGAUUUAAAGUUUUAUUGAAUAAAUUAUUUGAAUCUAAGGAAACAAGUUCUUUAAAAUUGGAGCAGCAAGAGAAUAUGGUGGUGACGUUACAAAAUUUAUACACGACAUUAUCUGUAAAGCUGCAAGACUUCCAGUCGCAGUAUUCAAGAUUACGUUUGGAUGUUUUAGAUUUAGUUAGGAGCACAAAUUCAAGUCCAACGAUGACUGCUCAAACCCCACAUGCAUCACCUCUAGUAUCUGCACAGAAUACACAUGUUUCUCCGUUACAACAAGGGUUCUCAAGCAACUCAGUAAAUAGUCAUAAUGAACUUUCUCAUUCUGGAACGUUAGGGAAUCAAAUUUAUCAAAAUAGUACUUCUGCAUCUUCAUCUACUACGAAUUUGAAAAAAUCAAGUUCUAAGUCAGGUAAACCUCCAAUUCCAAAUAGACCAAAUUCAUCACACUCAUAUAAUGAAUCAACUAAUACAAACAUAGAGAAAUCAAGUAUAGCAACUGAGCCUUUAAAACAAUUACGAGCCUCAAAAGAAGAUUCAUGUGAAAGGAUUUUAAGAAAUGCAAUGAAGAGACAUAAUUUAAACGAACAUGAAUGGAGACAAUAUGGAUUGGUUAUAUGUUACGGCGACCAAGAAAGAAUAUUAGAAUUGGAUGAGAAACCAGUUGUUAUAUUUAAAAAUCUAAAACAACAAGGGUUGCAUCCAACAAUCAUGUUAAGGCAUAGAGGUGACUUUGAAGAGUUAGAUGUAAAUUCAAGCUCCCUCCACGGUAUCACUCCAGGUGGUAGACUUUGA